AUGAUCUCAACGUCAAUAUCGUCCUUGAUUGGGAGUGAUAUAUAUUUCACCACCUUUCCAACAAUAGAUGGGUAUCUGAAUAUUACUUUGAUAUGGUAUCGUUGCUUGUCAAUCGAUGUCGGAUUAUGGAUUUGGCUGAUCGAACUGUAUUCUACAUUGAACCUUGAUUGCUUUAUUCGGAGAUUUGUUUCGUUGUUGCCAUUUCCACCACCGUCGCCGUCGUCGGCGGCCUUCGUUCUCCUCGCCGCCUUCGCCACUUCUUACUUGCAGCGCAAGAACGAAAGGGGCAACAGAGCCGCCUGUGGUAAGGUUCGUCCUCCCACGUUGCCGUCUCCUACUUACCGGCGGCGCCUCCUCCUUCCCCACAUCCUCCGGAAUAUGUGAUUGUCCUGCUUAAACAUGGCAGACACAAGCACAAAGAAAAAGCAAGAAAUGAGUUAAAUGUCUUUUUCGUGAUGACAAUGACUUUUUUAUAUCUUGGCAUCAUACGUUAAAAAGACAAUUUUGCUAAGCCUGCUGCAGCGACAACAGCUUCUAUUGCUACUCCGCCCGUCUCUGGUCAACCAUUGUUAAAUGAGUUGGAUCCAAUUUCCAAAAAAUCGGGGUCUAAAGAAGCUGUUAAUUCGGCAUCAAAUAAAGAUAACCGGUCUCAUGCUAGUCCAGUCGGAUUUUCGGGAGGUUAUGGACGUGUUUCAGGCAUUAAUAUUUCUGAAGAUGACCUUUCUUACCCCCGGGGUUUUUCUAACCAGUGUUAUUCGUUUAUGGGAGAUAAUCAGUCUGUCUCGGAGGGGCAUCAAAAAAGUAAUUCCUUUUUUAUUGAAUUAAAGAAGACGAUUGAUAUGGGAGCAUCUUUGGGGUAUAAUAUGGAAGGUUGUUUGGACCGGGUGAAAGAUAUUUUACAAGGGCACGUUGAAAGACAACAUUUAUGAAUUGUCUUUCUAUUAAUGUUCAAGGAGCGGGAUCUUUACAAAAGCGGAGUUGGGUUAGAAAAUUAUGUAUUUUCCAUAAAAUUAAUUUUCUAGCCAUUCAAGAAACCAAGAUGGAAGAUGUUGAUUUGGCCACGGUUCGUUCCUUUUGGGGUAAUUCUUCUUUUAUGCAUGCGGUUUCUCCUUCCCGAGGUGCUUUGGGUGGCAUCCUAGCUAUUUGGGAUUUGGAUAGUAUUUCCAAAAAUCGCGUUAUUAUUUCGUAUUGCUUUAUUGCUGUGGAGGGGGUGUGGGUUCGUACGGGUCUUGAUGUCAUGUUUAUUGUUGUUUACGCCCCUCAAGGAAUUGCCAACAAAAGAGUUCUUUGGGAUGAGAUUUCUAGCCUUUAUUUCAUCUUUUCCAGGGGAAAAUAUUAUUAUGGGUGAUUUUAACGAAGUUCGUGAUGAAACAGAGCGAAUGGGUUCGGUCUUUAAUCAUGUUUCUGCUCGAGCUUUUAAUGAUUUUAUAGAGAAUCUUGAUCUUUCUGAUAUUCCUUUAGGUGGACCUCGUUUUACUUGGAGUGACAAAUGGGGAUCUAAGUUUAGUAAACUUGAUAGAUUCUUGGUCACAGAUGGGUUUAUGAUUGUUUUUCCUCAUCUUGCGGGUAUUGUGUUGGAAAAAAAUAUUCUUGAUCAUCGUCCGAUCCUUCUUUUGGAGCAUCGGGUGGAUUAUGGCCCUAUUCCUUUUCGGGUGUUUUCAUUCAUGGUUUGAUAGAGAUGGUUUUGAGAUUAUUGUGUGGGAUUCCUGGAUGAGUGAUUUGUCUGGGGUGGGUCUGGAUAAUCCCUGGGUGAAAUUUAAGAAGAAAUUAUAGCGUCUUAAAUAUAAUCUUAGGGUUUGGAAUCUAAAUAAUCGAAAUUUGUUGGUUACUAAAAAGAAGAAUCUCCAAGAUUUAAUUGAAUCUCUUGAUAGUCGUCUGAUGGAUGGGGAAGGAUCUUCUAUCAUGAGGGAACAAAGGGUUUCUUUAUUAAAGGAGGUUUCAGAGUUAGAUCAAUUAGCUCAGUUAGAUCUCGCUCAAAAAACGAAGAUUCAGUGGGGAGUAGAGGGUGAUGUGUGACAACCGUAAAUUUCAGGUCAAGUCAAAGUCAAUGAAAGUCAACAAGUCAAACCGGUCAACUCAACUAACCCUUGUAUAUUAGGGUUUACAUUAUGUUUACUAUUGUACAACUCACUACCUUAAUGCAAAG